CGAGAAGAUCCGAGAUGUGGCGACUCCCGCCGCUGGAUCGGACGGCCGCGACGGCCGUCGUUCUCGGAUUCCUAUGCAUCGUCGUCGGUUCUUCCGGAGUGGUGUGCCGUACUCAAGCCGUGGUUUGCGUGGCACACGACAAAGCAAUUGGAACGAUCCUAGCAAGUGUUGGGUUUGGCACGUUGCUUCCUCUCAUCGCAUGCCUCUCCGCAUAUGUCGUGGACAGUCGGCGUGCCGAGGAAACCCAGCCGCUUCUUGGGUACGUCCGAAAGAACACACUUGGCAACAAGACUCCGACGGGCACUGGCGGGCGGCGCGCCGACGCAUCCAUGCCCACACGGCUACACGUAUAUCUGUACGCGAGUCACUUUGCCACGGCCUGGGUGUGCCUAGAUACGCUCAACGAGGCAAAUAAUCGUACGGUGUUGCUAGGGCGACCGACUGUGGCAGUUUGCCGUGCCACUGCUGUUAACACAGCUCUUUCCGUCGACGCUGUUGCCGAAUGUAAUCGUUCAGCUCAUCGUGUACGCUAUUCUCAUCGUGUCCAUGCCGCAUUUGGGUGCCUUUGUCGACGCUACGAAUCGAUGGCAUGCCGUACGCACGGGCAUUCUUGGCAUGAACGGGAUGGUGGCAGUCAGCGCGGCCGGGCUCGUUGUCGCUACGGUUCUUCUCCGUCAAACCGACACGUCGUCCGCAUUCAACCAUUCGGUCAACUCGACAACCAACGCCCCAUCAUAUACAGUGCCUUCGGCAGCAAGUGCUUGGCCGGUGUAUGCUGCCGUCGCGGUCGCGGUCGGGGCGAGUGCCGUCAGUCAGAUCUACAACAACCUCCAGACGCUCGCGCUCGAAAAGGACUGGGUGGUCGAGCUCGCCAGUGCCACCGACUCGCCGCUGUCGGCAUGGAAUACAUCGCUCCUUCGCAUCGACAUGGCGACCAGAAUCGUGUCUCCUAUGGUGUAUGCGCUUCAAAUGGGCGUGCUGCAGCGCGCGGUGCCGUCCGCGCAUGACCAAGUUGUCGUGCUGGUCAUGACGGCAGCCGGAUGGAACCUCCUCUUGGCCCCACUCCAGUACGCCGCUUUACACGACGUGUACACCCUGUGCCCGUCGCUGGCGGCGAAACGACCGCCCCACCAGCUACGCUGCUUUCCUCCGCAGUCGCAUUCGACGAUCGCGAUGUGGACGAUGUACUUGAAGCACCCCACAAGCGUCGUCAGCUUGUCGUUUUGCGUGCUCUACAUGACAGUCCUCAAGGAAAACGCGCUCAGUACUGCGUACCUGCUGUGGCAUGGCACAGCGCCCGCGACAGUCGGUUGGAGUAUGGGCAGCGGGGCGUACUGUGGCUUGAUGGCGUCGUGGUCGUACCCGUGGCUCCUUCGCCGUUUCGAGUACGCCGAGACGGUCGCCGUCGCGUCGGUGUGGCUGUACCUGGGGUGUCUGGCCCCCGCGCUGUACGUGGUGUGGAGGCCGUCCGCUGAAGCUGCCGACAUCGUGCUCAUGGUCGUGCUAGCGGCGUCGCAGUUUUGGCUCUGGACCACGAGCUUAGCCGAGACGCAGAUCAUGCAGGAAUGGGUCGAGCCGCACCAACGAGGCGCGGUGAACGCGAUGCAGCACACUGCCAACAAAGGAUUUUACAUGGCCGUGCUCGUGCUCGGGAUCGUGUACGCGGACCCGCAUCAAUUCCACGUCCUCAUUCUCGCGUCCAUCGGCGCCACGACCGUCGCCGCGAUCGGCUUUACGGUGUGGUACUACCAACAUCGUUAAGUGAUAACACAGACGGAUGCAUGCCCCAAGAAUUACAAACGACGUG